CCUGCAUUUCACUGAGAGUCUGUGUGAAGGCAUGACACAACUUUGGUUUCAUCACCUCUGGAUUUCACCACUGACCGUCACUUAUCAACAUGUCAUGUUUCAGCGCUCAGGCUGCGCUUGUCCUGGUCUUCACUGGAGGGUGGUGCAUGUGUGCAGCUGAUGUUGGGGAUUUCGCUCCAUGUCUGCAGUUCUUCUAUAAGUCGUGGCCUCCUAAAGGUCUGGCUGGGACGCCGAUCUGCCAGCGUUUUAACAAUCAGUACCGCUUUGCCACGCUGUACAGUCGACCGCGCCGCUCCCCGUGGUUCUCAGCCUAUUUGUACUCUGUCCCAGAGGGAAGGAGACCCACCGCGUGUUGGAAGUUUGAACCACAGUUAGCCUACCCAGGAGCUGAUGGAAACAUGAUCCCGUUCCCUCCAGGCCCUGUAGACCAGAACGUGGUGGAGAGCCAGGGGGUGGAGCUGGACUACACUAACUCCACCUAUUCUCGUGGCCACUUGGACCCCAGCCUCCACCACCAGAGCCACGAGGACCGCUCCGCCACCUUCACCCUCACUAACGUGGUUCCCCAGAAGGCCGGCUCUAACGACGGGCCCUGGGAGGACCUGGAGCAGACCAUCAACAAAACCUUAUCGGCCUACUGUCUCGGAGAGGCUUACGUAGUUACUGGUAUCAUCCCUUAUCAGAGCGACGAACACUGGCUCAAGAAUCACCGCGUGGCUGUGCCUGAGUACAUGUGGUCGGCCUACUGCUGCCCAAACUACAGCAACAGUCUUCCAGAAGAACUGAAGGAUGCUUUUCCCACGUACGCAGCUAUCGGCCGCAACGACCGCAACAGCACGGAGGAGAUUGUGCCGGUGAGCCAGACGGCAAAGAAACAGUUCAGAGGAUACGAUGUGAGACAGAUGCCACUGGAUACACUUGAGAUGUAUCUGAGGGACAGGUUCGGGACAGUUGUCAGUGUUUUCUAUGAGCAGUGCUCCGGGUCGGACUGAUCCUGCAGGUCUGAGGCACAAAGCCUAUUUGGUUAAGUCUGGGAAAGACUGUGGUGGUCAUGGUUAAAGGAAACCAACACUGACUUUAAAAUACUGUGAUGUGUUUGUUUCCCUUUAAAGACGAGAAGAAGAAGAAAGGAAGAAUUAAGUAUAUUGACAGUUAAUGGACUGACAAAUCUGCUGAUUUAUUGCUGCAUAAAAAGCCUCUUAUAAAGGUUUCACUGAUCAAGACAGUGAUUCUUAUGUUGUUGGGGUUUUUAACCACUGAUGUGCGACGUUUGCCCUGAAUUUAUUUUGGGGCAAAUAACAAACAAAUAAAGCUUGUUUUAAAGGAA